AUGUCCUCCUCCUCCUCCUCCAAGCUCCGCGAUCGACUACACGAGGACGGCUUCGUAGUGAUUCGGCAAAUCCUGAGCGCCGAUGAGCUGCGCACCCUGCGCGCCGCCGCGGCGCGCGCCACGGAGCUGGCGCGGACCGGGCAGUGGCCGCACAUUCGGACCGUGGGCAAGCAGUUUCCCCCAUGGCCCUCGACGCCGGGGCCCGAAGGCAUCUGGGGGGUCCAGGGACUGCUAAACCCGGACCUGGCGGGGUCCGAGAUCUUUGCGCAGAGCUAUUUCGGCGACGCCGUCCUCGGCGUGGCCAAGGAGCUCAUGGAUGACUGCGGCGACGACGACCUGGUCAUGGAGCUCUUCAACAUGCUGGUGCGGCCCGAGCGCGACUUUGCCCUGCGCUGGCACCGCGACGACGUGCCCGCGACGGCCACGGCCGACGAGGAAAUGGCCCGGCUGCGCGAGCCCGAGUGGCACACGCAGUGGAACCUCGCGCUCUACGACGACGACAGCCUCGUUGCCGUCCCCGGUUCUCACGCCCGGGCGCGCACCGACGCCGAGAGGGCCGCGGACCCGUUUGCCGCCGACAUGCCCGGCCAGGCCAUUGUCCACCUCGACGCGGGCGAUGUCGUCUUUUACAACAAUAAUAUUCUGCACCGCGGCGUAUACGACUCGACCAAGGAGAGAAUGAGUCUCCACGGGUCUGUCGGCCACGCCGGCGGCAGCCAGCUGCGCGCCAGGAAUGUGCUGCAGCAUGGAGUCGGAAAAUGGGUCGACCGGUGCGACUUUAGCUCGCUGGGCGAGAAGGAGAGGGCGAGAGCCGAAGGCAUGAGGGCCAGGCUAGUGAAGCUCGGCACUGAGAGCGGCGAUGUUGGUUAUUCUCACCAAGAUUGA